UUCGGCUGGUCCAUCAGCGAUGUCAUACUGCUUGCACAGUACAGUUGGAAGGUCUAUGAAAGCUUCGCGGAUGGCAGCUACAACGCCACCAACGAGUACGAGUGUUUCAAGAGAGAAUAUCGACAAGUAAUCACCUGUCUCGAAAGGCUCGUCAAUGUCAGCCCCGACCUCGCUUCUCUCGCAGGCUUCGACGAGACCUUUGCAGAUACUGUCAAAUUCAUCGACAAGCACCGCGUUCUCACUGCAAGGACGACGCGUCCUUUGAUCACCAAUCUACCACAAAGCAGCAGCAGAAUCAAAGAUUUUCUAGAGCGAGUCGGCCAUGGAUAUCAGACGGCAACGUGGCCCGUAUAUCGCGAGGAGGCCGAGAAGCUUCAUCGACAGCUUGACCGGAUGGAUCUAGACUAUCUCGCGACACUAUCACACACCAGCUUCGAAGCCCCGAAUACACUUAAUCGAAUCAUUGUAGAUCUAGAUCGAACCGAGUCGCCAGAUGAUAUGCUUCAGCUCCUCCACCAGUUUUCGCAAAAGAUGGAGUAUCUAAUAAUGAGGGACUCUGGCGGAGUGCGCUCAGAAGCUAGGCAUCAAGUACACAGCAGUCAAGGUCCUGUCACAACCGAACGAAUUGUACCUGUCCUUCAACUUCUGGAUAGUGCUCGCAGCAUUGCAGAUACUGCGCUUGGUCUCCCUCGCACACAGAGCCGCAAUCAUGGGCGAUCAGCGAGUGCUAGCCUCGAAGCUCGUGCCGAUGACUGGGAUGUCUUUGGACAGUGGCUCAGGUGGCACAUGCUGCAUCCUGAACCGGUUCGAUCGGCCCGCCCCGUGCUACCUUCGAGAGUCAUCUCGAUGGCUUCGUCCCCUUCCACAAGUCCAGGUGCUCCUGAAGCUCCACGACAAAGACUCACUGGACAACCUCGAGAUAUUUCUCCAUCUAUCGUAGCCCGCUUCCGGAACCAAUCUUCACGCCCGGCACCGAAGCAUUCUCNGACGCCCAGUACCGUCUUUACCUCGGCUAGCAGCCAAAGAAGAUUCUCAUCCUUCAGUCUCGGAUCUGCUUACGUCGAAGAAGAUCCGCAGGGGACCUUCGCCACAUGGCCCAUACACCCCGAGUUGACAAUCCUGACGAGGAAUAGUGUUCUUGAAAACAAGCGAACAUUUGAUGCCCUGUUGGAGAUAUUGAUCUCCCAUAGUGGAGUUGUUGAGAAGCUGCGAAGUAAGACCAGAGAUCAAAAGUUCACAAUCUACCAUGUACCACAUGGUGGCGCACACCAACCAAACGCAUUUGUUCCAUGGAUCGACAACACGCGUGUACACAAAUCGAGCAUUAUCGAGUCCAGACUGCAAUUCAAAGGCUCGCAUCAAGUUAUCGUCAAGGAUGAAAAAGCUCACAGAAGCACGAUCUACAACAUGAGGCCGGUGUACCGCUUUGACGAACCCGAAGAUUUGCGGCAGGUACAGGAACAGCUGCUUGGGAAAAGUGUAGUUGCGACCUUCGACGUUGUAAGGAUAUCGACUCGUGCUGGACAGGACCACUGCGCGUCCGAGACAUUACGUAUGCUAGAAGAUGCAGAGAGACAAAGGUCACUCCUGUACUAUGCUCAUAGGAUGCCAUCAAAGUCCGCUACAUCGAGCUCUGGCUUUGUUGAGUGGUCNUUAGAUCAAGAAAGAAGGGAAGAAGAAGAUAAGAUUAACAUUUGGUCGCCGAGANNUAGUUUGCCACGCAGAUCAACGAUCGGUAGCAUCGAUUCUGUUCUCUCACAUGACUCAACGUCGAGCGAGGAUCCACACAUCAACAUCAUGCAUCGAAUCAAAGCUCUUGAUUGCGAAUUCUAUGAUCAAGAAGAUCGUCAAGCGUUCGAAGACUUGUGCAAGCCAUCGUCUGCACCUAUAUUCCGAAUGCCGUUUCGACCAAGAGAUCUGGGUGUGGGCUCACCACUGGCAGAGUUGGAUAUUGGUCCACCACUUGCAGAACUGGAAGGA